ACUCUCAUUUCCCCAUUUUGCAAUUAGGUUAGCCUAAAGAGGAACUGGUGGUUUUAAGAGAUUUUUUUUGUUUCAGCAACUGCUUUCUUUCCUUUUGGUUCAGUUUGCACCAAGCUCGCUGGCCUGCUGCUUAGGGGUGGCGUGGGGCUGGGGCUGUCUGAGCCAUGAACAGCAUCAGGGGUGCCAUCCUCUUCUGGGCAGUGGCAGCAUGGGCUAAAACGGACCAGCCUUUGGGAAAGACAGAUGAGGCUGGAUUUCAAAAAUGCAAGGAUGCCUUGAAACUACCUGUUCUGGAAGUCUUACCUGGAGGGGGCUGGGAUAAUUUGCGGAAUGUGGACAUGGGACUGGUGAUGAACUUGACUUACACCAACUGCAGGACCACAGAGGAUGGGCAGUACAUCAUCCCCGAUGAAAUCUUCACCAUUGCCCAGAAAGAGAGCAACCUGGAGAUGAACUCAGAAAUCCUGGAUUCCUGGGUGAAUUACCAGAGUAGCACCUCCUACUCCAUCAACCUGGAACUCUCCCUUUUUUCCAAAGUCAAUGGCAAGUUCUCCUCUGAGUUCCAGAGGAUGAAGACCCUUCAAGUGAAGGACCAAGCUGUCACUACCCGGGUUCAGGUAAGAAACCUGGUCUACACAGUCAAAAUCAACCCAGCUUCAGAACUAAGCAGGGGGUUUAAGAAGGAGCUCAUGGACAUCUCUGACCGUCUGGAGAACAACCAGACACGGAUGGCCACCUACUUGGCAGAACUCCUGGUUCUCAAUUAUGGCACCCAUGUCAUCACCAGUGUGGAUGCUGGGGCUGCUCUCAUUCAGGAGGACCACAUCAGAGCCUCCUUCCUGCAGGAUAGCGAGAGUGGCCAGAGUGCAAUGACUGCAUCUGCUGGUGCUGCCUUCCUAGACAUUGUGAACUUCAAACUUGAGGAGAACUACACCUCAAAGAAUGCCUUCAGCAAGAGCUACUUCUCAAACCGAACGAACUCCAGGGUGCAAAGCAUUGGAGGGAUUCCUUUUUACCCAGGCAUCACCCUCCAGGUUUGGCAACAGGGCAUUACCAACCACCUGGUGGCCGUAGACCGCACUGGCCUGCCUCUGUAUUUCUUCAUCAACCCCAACACUCUGCCUGACUUGCCAGGGCCCUUGGUGAAGAAGUUGUCUAAGACGGUGGAAGCAGCUGUGAAACGCUAUUACACAUUCAACACCUACCCUGGAUGCACAGAUUUCAAUUCACCCAACUUCAACUUUCAGGCCAACACUGAUGAUGGCUCUUGUGAGGGGAAAAUGACCAAUUUCUCCUUUGGCGGAGUUUAUCAGGAAUGCACCCAGUUCUCAGGAAAUGAUGUUGUCCAACUCUGCCAAAACUUGGAGCAGAAGAAUCCACUCACUGGUGAUUUUUCCUGCCCUUCUGGCUACUCCCCAGUCCACCUGCUAUCCCAGAUCCAUGAAGAGGGUUACAACCACCUGGAGUGUCAACGGAAGUGCACCCUUGUCAUCUUCUGCAAGACGGUGUGUGAAGAUGUGUUCCGGGUGGCAAAGGCCAAAUUUAGGGCUUUUUGGUGUGCGGCCACUGGCCAAGUACCAGAAAACUCAGGACUACUUUUCGGGGGCCUCUUCAGCGGUAAGAGCAUAAACCCUUUGACAAAUGCACAGUCAUGCCCAGCUGGCUAUAUUCCAUUGAGCCUUUUUGAAAACCUCAAGGUGUGUGCCUCUCAGGACUUUGAGUUGGGAUAUAGGUUUUCAGUCCCCUUUGGUGGGUUCUUUAGCUGUGCAGCCGGGAACCCCUUGGUGGAUUCUGCCACAUCCAGAGAUGUAGGGGCACCUUCUCUAAAAAAGUGUCCUGGGGGCUUCAGCCAACACCUAGCCGUCAUCAGUGAUGGGUGCCAAGUGUCCUACUGUGUCAAGUCCGGGCUUUUUACGGGAGGGUCUCUGCCCCCUGCCAGGCUCCCACCUUACACCCGGCCACCCCUCAUGAGUCAGGCUGCCACCAACACUGUCAUAGUGACUAAUACUGAGACCGCAAGUUCCUGGAUUAAAGAUUCCCAGACCCACCAGUGGAGGCUGGGAGAGCCAUUAGAGCUGCGCAAGGCCAUGAAGGUCAUCCAUGAGGACGGUAGUGGCCUGUCAGGAGGAGCAGCAGCUGGGGUCACAGUGGGUGUCACUGCUGUCCUGGCAGCUGUCAUCGCCCUGGCCAUCUACGGCAACCGCAAGUAUAAGAAGAGGGAAUACCAGGCAUUAGAAGGUGAGAGGCAGAGUUUGGCUCCCGGUGCUACAGAAACUAGCGAUACCCCUGACCAAGACCACGAGCAGAGCCCAGCCUAAAUCUCUCCCAAAAAACUGUUUCUCAUCUCCAGCCAGAGCUUCAAGCGUGAAUUUCAUUCCUUCUCUCUCCAUUUCUGCCGUCCUAACUAUUGAAGUGGCAAGUGCAACAAAAAGCAGGUAUAAUUUUGUGACAUCCUUGGGUCUCUGGGCCAGGAAAUUAAUAGAGCUACAUGAACAAGUUUGGGGCUGGGGUUGGGGAGCAGUUGUGACUUUUUAAGCAAAAGUCAUUCUGGAGAC